AAAAGACGUCUUGUUGCUCAGAAAGGAAUAUUAAUCAUCGCUCAGUGUUGUGACAUAUACAGUUACCUUAACAUUUGUUAUUAGGCUCUCAAAUUAAUCGCUGACGAUUUUUAGUGUAGUUAAAGAUGUCUACUCCAGCUAGAAGGCGACUCAUGCGAGAUUUUAAGCGGCUCCAGGAGGAUCCUCCAGCCGGCGUCAGUGGAGCUCCGUCGGAGAACAACAUCAUGGUGUGGAAUGCAGUUAUAUUCGGUCCAGAGGGAACGCCUUUUGAAGAUGGUACCUUCAAACUCACAGUUGAGUUCACAGAGGAAUAUCCAAACAAGCCCCCAACUGUGCGAUUUGUCUCAAAGAUGUUUCAUCCAAAUGUGUAUGCUGAUGGCAGUAUAUGCCUAGAUAUUCUUCAGAAUCGGUGGAGUCCAACUUAUGAUGUUUCUUCUAUUCUGACAUCAAUUCAAUCCCUUCUAGAUGAGCCGAAUCCCAACAGCCCCGCAAACAGCCAGGCAGCACAACUGUAUCAAGAAAAUAAACGGGAAUAUGAGAAACGGGUUUCAGCGAUUGUAGAGCAGAGCUGGAGGGACAGUUGACCACAUUCACAAACCAUGUUCUCUUUGAAAUGUUUGGCUCUGUUGUUGGGGGAUAGUUUUUCAAUUCUCCAUUUUUAAGUUUUUAUGCACUUUACUCAUGCAAGAUUGUGAUUUUUGUUUUAUUUCUUUCCCACAUUUUUGCCUGGACUGAUUUUCAACCCUCAUUAAAGGGUUAGUUCACCCAAAAAUGAAAAUUCUGUCAUUAAUUACCCUCAUGUCAUUUCAA